GUCAAGUCCCGGCUCACUUUACCUGCAGUGUCCGCGGGGUAGCUGGAGGGCGACGUAGUCCGGACCCGGCUCAACAUGGACUCGGUGGUCAUCGAGGAUGUGGUUGUGCGCUUCACCCAGGAGGAGUGGGCUUUGCUGGAUUCUGCACAGAGGGAUCUCUACCGAGAUGUGAUGCUGGAGACCUUCUGGAACCUGGCCUCCAUUGAUGAUGAAUAUCAAUUUAAAGCCAGUGAUUCAGUUUCUGAGCAGAAUAUUUGUGGAGGAAAUAUAUCUAAGAAACUAGAAAUGGCAAAGUUUAUGAAAAAUGAUUCUUGGGCCUCUGCUCUUGGAAACAUUUGGGAAGACUUUACUUUUGAAGAUCAGCAUCCAAGCCAGGGGGGACAUCUGAGAAAUCAGUUGGUGGAGAAAUUCUGUGGAAGUAAUGACCAGUGCAGAGAAACCUUCAGCCAAAUGCCAAAUCUUAACCUGCAUAAGAAAAUCCCUGCUGGGCCAAAACAGUAUACAGCAACAAGCCCACAGCAUGUGUCUCUCGAGGACCACAUUGCAGUUCACACUGAACACAAGCUGUACCAGUGUCAGGAAUGCGGACAGGCCUGUAGUUGUCAUUCACAGUUGAGAGCACACUUGACAGCCCACAGCAGAGAGAACCCUCAUGCAUGUGAAUUAUGUGAGAAAACCUUCCCUCAGACUUCUUCCCUUAAUCAGCAUACAAGGGCUCACACAGCAGAGAAAAACUACGGAUGCCAGCACUGUGGGAAAGCCUUCGUUGACUUGUCAAGUCUCAGCAGCCACAUGAGAAGUCACACCGGAGAGAAGCCGUACAAGUGCCCAGAGUGUGGGAAAGCCUUCAGCUAUUCCUCGACGUUCCGUAGACACGUGAUUAUACACACUGGGGAGAAGCCAUACAAGUGUAAAGAGUGUGGCUCUGCCUUCAGCUAUUCUGCCACGUUUCGCAGACACAUGAUCUCACACACAGGAGAGAAGCUACACAAAUGCAAGGAAUGUGGGGAGGCCUUUAGUUACUCUUCAGCAUUUCGAAGGCACGUGAUCACACAUACCGGAGAGAAACUACAUGAGUGCAAACAGUGUGGGAAGACCUUCAUUCAUCUUCAGUCCUUUCGAAGGCAUGAGAGGAUCCACACUGGAGAGAAGCCAUAUGAAUGCAGAGAGUGUGGGAAAGCCUUCAUUUAUUUCCAAUCCUUUCAGCGACAUGAAAGAAUUCAUGGUGGAGAGAAGCCCUACGAAUGUAGCCAAUGUGGGAAAACCUUCAGUCAUCCCUCAUCUUUCCGAGGUCACGUGAGAGUACACACUGGGGAGAAACCUUAUGAGUGUAAACAGUGUGGGAAGACAUUUAAUUGGCCCACGUCCCUACGGAAACACAUGAGCAUUCACACCAGAGAGAAACCUUAUGAGUGCAUCCAGUGUGGGAAAGCCUUCAGUUUGUCGGCUUGCUUUCGAGACCAUGUCAGAAUGCACCCUAACGACCAAUCCUAUCAGUGCAAACUGUGUGGGGAAGCUUUCUUUUGCCACAUAUACUUACAAAAGCAUAUAAGAAGACACACUGCAGAAAAACUCUACAAAUGUAAGGAAUGUGGGAAAGCCUUCAGUUGGCCUAAACUUUUACAGCAACAUGUAAGAACUCAUACUGUGGAAAAACCCUAUGAAUGCAAGGAAUGCGGGAAGGUCUUCAAAUGGCCGUCAUCUUUGCCAGUACACAUGAGACUGCACACUGGGGAGAAACCCUAUCUGUGUAAGCAGUGUGGGAAAGCCUUCAAUCGCUCCUCAUCACUGAGGAGACAUAUGAGGAUACACCCUGCAGAAAAGCAAUAUACAUAUGAUGCAAGAAAUCCUCCUAAAAGUGAAUUCGUGUACACUGUUCCAUAAAACACACCCCAGGAUAGCAACCGUACAAAAGUUGCAAAUCUAGCCUUUCCUUAGUGAGUACCUCAGCCUCAUGUAGACACAGAAGAUUAUAUAAUACAGUUUCAUUUACAAAUAAACAUUUAAGUAAAAAAUAGUUCUCCACAGCUGAAUAUGAUAAUACAUGCACAUAAUCCCAGUACUUGAGAAGCUGGGGUAGGAGAUCAUAAAUUAAAGGCCAGUCUGGGCUACAUAGUGAGUUUAACACAUUCCUUCUAAGUCAGACCAUUGGUGGCAUAUGCAUGACUUCCAUUGGGUGGCUUAUACCACUGAAUGGGUCUGUCCCAUGCUGCCUGAUGGAACAAUUAGGCAUAUACUCCUGGUUUAGAACUGCCUGGCAGCUGGGCAUACAUAUUAUAGUCCUGUCUCAAAUGUGACAAGGCCAGCCUGUACUACACACCGAUACCUAUCUCAACCAAAUAGGGGCC